AUGAUCAAGAGGAUGCUCGGUGGACAAACCAUGGAACUGGUUUUGUUUCACCAAGGCUGUGAUUUGAGGCUUGAUCUCAAAGUCGUUCCUUGGAGGCUGAGGGAGGCGGAUAGGGUUCCGGUCCAAGAAGAAAGCAUCGGAAGAAUCAAACUCUUCCAUGAUUUGGUGCCUCAGAUGCUGAGCGAAUUGUUCUCUCCUUUGAGGCACAUGUUGUUGAGCUUGAGUUGCACCGAGAGGGUGGUGAUUGUUUGGUGGAGGUGCGGCUCCUCCUUGUUCUGGCUGAUCAGCACCAGCUCCAUCAGGGACAUGGGCAUUGCGUGCUUGUUUCUCUGGGGCAGGAGAUUGCUACUGGCCACCUUGUGCAGGGGCUUCUCCGGCUUGGUCUUUUGGAGCACUUUGGAUCAUUUGGGACGUGAGGAGCAAGGAAGGACUUGGUGCAUGGACGCAGCUCAGCCGGACACACAAAGGACGAAGGAGGAAGUCAUCUUGAAGCCAGCUCGACCACCUACUCGACCAUCCCGUCGAGUUUCUCAACUCGACCGGCCAAGCUUCAACUCGAUCGAGCUGAGAAGUCAACAGUAA